AUGGGAUUUACUGGACUCGUAAUAGAUGACCAUGAGGGAUGGGAUGAAGAGGAUCGUAUGCAGAUGGACGAGAUGGAGCUUGCCAACCUUCCUGAGAUGACCGGUGCUAAUCGUCCUGCGGCCGUCGAACGACUAAUUCCUAGCAUUCCGCCUAGAUACGAUAAACGUCUUCAGUUCCCCAUACUGACCGAGGCUUAA